AUGCCUCCAGCCGAGCUGCAGCAGGUUCACGGAGAGUCCGUCGAUCUUCGAUCUCCAGUGGACUUGCUGCUGAGCCUGAUCAUCAGGCCGCCGCGAUGCCGGUAUACCCCAUCGAAACUCGGGCCAUCGACCUUCCGAAUCGCGGAUAAGGGACAUGGUCGACGAGAGGAUCUGGUGCUUCAGAACCCGCGUGGUCAGUCGCUACAGUGCUCGCUGUUCGAGCCAAUCCCUGACCCGGGCCAGCCGGAGGAGAACUGGUCAUCAAGGGACCGGCCCUGUGUCAUAUUUCUGCACGGAAACUCCUCAUGCCGAUUAGAAGCUCUGCCGCUGCUACCGCUGUUGCUGCCACUGCGAAUCAGCCUUUUCUGCUUCGACUUCGCUGGCUGUGGAAUCUCAGAAGGUGAUUACGUGUCGCUCGGGUGGUUUGAGCGAGACGACUUGGCCACGUGCAUCGCCCACCUGCGGUCAACUGGCAAAGCUUCGCAGGUGGCGCUUUGGGGGCGAUCGAUGGGGGCGGUCACAGCUUUACUGCACGCUGAUCGCGAUCCAUCAAUUGCAGCCCUGGUGCUGGACAGUCCGUUUGCUUCUCUCCGGCACCUCGCAACGGAGCUGGCUGGCAGGAAGGCGAUGCUACCGUCAUGGGCCGCACGUGCCAUCAUUCCAGGAGCCCGAGCAGCCAUCCGAGCCAGGGCGGGAUUUGACAUCGAGGACCUGGAAGGCAAGAGCCAUGCGAGACAGUGCUUCAUGCCAGCUUUGUUCAUCGCAGCGCGUAGUGAUGACUUCAUCACACCUCAGCAUGCUGAGCAGCUCUGGCACGCGUACCAGGGGGAGAAAGAGUUGUAUAUGACGGAGGGCGACCACCACUCUGCAAGAUCUGUAGUGUGCAGGCAGAAGGCCACACUCUUCUUGUGCCGAGCCCUGCACGUCCCGCGGCUGGACGCCUUGCUGGAGCUCCACGUCGCCGGGCUGCGGGACCUCUUCGGACCCGGGCUCCCCAAGCCCAUGCAAGGCAAGGACUUGGAACGAGAAGGCUCCGAGAUCUGCUGGCAGAUGCGGUUGGUGCCAGCUCUUGGGCAGAUGUCGCUGAGCGAUGGAAUACGAUGCCAGCGGCCUGUGAGAGCGGAAGCUGUGGUGGAGCUCAGCGACAGCAAAGCAGAGGUUGGGUUCUUCAUCCGCUUGGUGCCGGCAGAGGGCGUUCUCGACGAAAGCUGUGCCAAACUUGAUGAGCUCGGCCAGCCGCGCUUUCUCGUUGUGAGCUUCACAGCUGAGAUGUCUAUGGUUUCCAGAGUGCACAGCGACACUCUUCGGACCCUGGUGGUGGGGCCAGGCCUACGUGACGAGCAGGCGGUCGGCAUCGGCCUCACCUUCGAUGUUGCAGGAAACCUAAGUCUCUAUGCGGAUUCGAAGCAGCUGCUUACUCUCGACAUUGGCUGGGGCUUCCGGGCGGAGCUGACGAUAUGGUCGAUGCGGCUGAGGGGAAAGAGUGGCUUUGGAAGCGUGCAGAUUGAGGAUGCAGAAGCGACGCUUUGUGAACACCUCGGCGAUGCAGUCCUACGCUCACGACAUCUGGGCCACGCAGAAGGCGUUCUGCUGCUGAGCCAGAGGUCACUCUGCAGACCCUUGGGAGAUUUGGGCCUCUUUGGCUGCGCCAGUCAAGCCGGCAAGGGUCCGUACUGUCCGUCUUCCCCUCAUUCUCCACCAGAUCUGGAUGCAAAGGAGCGCGCUGAUGCAACUCGUCUCUGCGGCAAGUCUCCCGAGGUGCUGAUCGGCUGGCGAGUCAAGGUUCAGGGCCUCGGAGAGGGCAUCGUCACCGCAAUCCGAAAGAGGCACUUCCUUCCGACUCUCUUCCAGAUUUCAGGUCUGCUGUCAGACCAGCUUGAUGGCUCGUCGCCCCCUGCGAAGCUGCGUGAAGUUCCACUGCGAAGGCAGGCGCCCUUGCUUCCAUGUUGUGCGGGGUACCACUUUGAGCUCAUGCGCAAGGAGAUCUUUUUCGAGAAAGCCGCUUUGCGGAAGCUCCUGGCGCUCUUCUCCACGGCUGUUGCACGGAGUCCCCCAGAUGCAUCGCCUGGCGCACUGCUGCAAGCGAGCUUCCAACAGGUUUACAGUGCAGAGGCCUAUGCCACCAAGCUGGAGUCGACACUUCUUCGUCUCCUGGCAUGCAGCUGCAGGGAGCUGUCGAAGUCAACAGCCUUCCGAUGGUUAGCAGCGGCUUUGAACUCCUCGCUGCUGCCUGUCGGAUCUAGGACCGACGAGGCGGAAAGACGUUUGGGGCCCUUUAUGGCAAGCCUGGCAGAAGACUUGGAGAGCGUGUCCCAGGAGAGCGCGCGCUUCGCUGCGCUCUACCUGGAUCGGGCAGCCAACCCUUCCGUGCAGAAUUUGGAGCUGCUGGCGAAGCUGUGGCGAGGCAGCACAAGCGGCAAAGCAGAUGCACUGAAGAUGCUCGCGCAGCACCGCCUUCUGGCCGAAUUGGUGCCGAGAGCAACAGAAGGGCUUGCACGCGAGAUGGCAGUGAAGUCUGUUUCGAUGCGGACAUGCUCAAUUCGCGAUGCCUGGAGCUUGGCCAGCUGUGGCCGGGCUUCGACGAGCGAGACCGCCCGAGUUGCGGCUGAACACCUCGUCGAGUUGCUUCGAUGCGCAAAGGUCCUGGCGCUCCAUAUGCUGAGAGCCUCUCCUUCCGUGGCGCUGCUUCCGGAUGGAAGUGUCGGAGAGAGCGCUUGGGCUCUAAGUGCGCGCUUUCAAGAAGGUUUGGUCCCACUCGCUUCGUUGCCCCACCCAGCCCUGACGGUCCUCCAGCCACUGGUGCAGACGGUCUCAGAAGGGCUGUUGGAGAGCUUGGGCGAGGCCCCUGCUUGCCAAGCAACCCGGGACGCCUCGGAGUCCUCCGAGAUCUUGCUGCAUCUGCGAGUGGGAAUCGGCCUGGUCGGCCAACUGCAAUCACUGCUGGAGGGCACAGCGCUGGUCUCGGCUAACUCCAAGUCUCAGGCACAGCGGCUUGCCUGGACACGCAUGGAGCCGAAAGCCUUGAGCUUGCUGCAGCAGUUGUAUGCCGCGCUGAAGAAGCUGCCAAAGACCUCGGCUCCCUGGCUUGAGCGCGUCGCUACGCUGAUCGCGCGCCUGCGCUCGUACCUGGCUUCAAGUGGGUCUGCAUGGGAUCCAGAUGCCAGCCGCUUACGGCUCAAGCUCCUGCCGCUGAUGGAUGGUCUGAGUGCGUGGGCAGGCUUGGCCCCACCGGUGCGAUGUGCCGAGGAGUUCUACGUUGAAUCGCUGAUCUUCUCUGCUGCCAUGAACCGUCCGACUGCCUCACGCUUGUCGACCAGGAGCCCCAUGGAACUGGCUGACCAGCUGGCCUCAGCCCUUCUGCACCGUGAGCUGGACGACCAGGACUGGGCCAAGGAGUUCUUGGUGAAGCUAUCCCUUGCCGAUGAUCAGGUCACAGAGAAGGCAGACGAAAUCGAGAUCCAAAAGGAUGCGGAGAACACGGAAGCGUCUGUGCUGCCAACGCAGCACCUCUUCCUGGUGCUCGAGGCCAUCAAGGCUCUUUGGCCGCUCUCUGGCUUCUGCCAUUCCUCCAUGGCUUUUUUGCCUGCAGUCAGCAAGUAUGCCCAGAGCAUCGCCAGCCACUUGGAGAAGUUCAGAGGUGAAGAUCCUCCAAUGGACCGCCGGCUGACCGACUCUUACUGCUUCUGUUUCAUUUGGAAGAUAACAGGUCCUGAAGAGAGGAUCUGGGAGAUCUUGAAGGCCGCCACACACAGGAGCCAGAACAGCCUUCACGAGGAAGUCGAAGCCUUCCCCGAAGAGGGUUGGACGGAAGUGGGCAUUCUCCCGGGACUGCUUUGGAUGCAGGGUGUGGAGCAGCAUUGCCAGGUGCGGCUGACCUGGACUCAAAGAGGUGUCACUCGAUUCGCGGCAUGCUCGUCACAAUUGUGGUUGCUUCUCGCGGCUGUCGCUAUCAGUCGUUCAGCGCCGAUCCUUGCUGGCACUGCCCCGCGGCAGCAUCUUCUCAGCAGCUUGGGCUACGUGUUCUCGGAUGAUACAGCAGUGGCAUCCUCAUCGGCUUUGCACUUCGUCCUCACACCUGCCACCCUGACGCGCUUCAGACCGAAAUGGCAGCCCGACGCUGCCAUCGCUCCCUCGGCCGCCCUGGUAGCCGCAAGUGGAUUCGUGUGCGCUUGGGGGCUGAAUGUAUGUGCCACAGCCGCGACCACCUCGAGUGUGCACAACUUCAAUCUGCACCGCUCGCUGCUUCAGAGUCUAGCAGGCUGCCGGGGAACUCCGGAGACAGACUGGCCUGCCUGCUGCCACUUCCUCGCAGUCCAAUUCCAUGGCCUGCAGCUCCUCCUCGAAGAGAGAGGCUGCGCCGAGCAAACAUUGCUCGCUGUGGGCACUGCGCUCGGCGAUGAGGCCAAGUUGAUGCUUCGUGCGACACGAUGA